AUGCAAACUCAAUUUGGUUCUAUUAUCUUUGUUCUUCUUGUUCUGUCUCUCACGUUUUUAGUACUCAAGGCUUGUUGUAGUGAUGAUGAAAACAAAUGUGAAUGUGAUGAAAGCAGAAUUAACCGUGGUGGAUUUCCAAGAGAUUUCUUAUGGGGUGCUGCUACCUCUGCUUAUCAGGUGGAAGGUGCAUACAAUGAAAGUGGUAAAGGCUUAAGUUCUUGGGAUAAUUUUACACACGCCCACCCAGAGAAAAUCAUUGAUCAUACUACUGGAGACAUAGCUGUUGACUCAUAUCACGUCUUUAAGGAAGACAUAAAAAUUGCAAGUGACUUAGGGCUGGAUUCAUACAGGUUUUCAAUCUCAUGGUCCAGGAUUUUGCCGAAUGGAAAUCGAAGUGGUGGGGUGAAUCAAGAAGGAAUUGAUUACUACAACAACCUCAUAGAUGAACUUCUAGCAAAUGGUAUUCAACCAUUUGUGACUAUGUUUCAUUUUGAUCUUCCACAAGCCCUAGAAGAUGCAUAUGGGGGUUUCUUAAGUUCUCGAAUUGUGGAUGAUUUCCAAGACUUCGCAGAUGUUUUGUUCAGCGAAUUUGGAGAUCGAGUGAAAUACUGGAUAACAUUGAAUGAGCCGUGGACAUUUAGUAAUCAUGGGUAUGGCAUCGGAAAAUUUGCACCCGGUCGAUGUUCUGAAUGGCAAAAACUCAAUUGCGUAGGUGGCGAUUCAGGAACCGAACCCUAUAUAGUGACUCAUAAUCAACUCCUUGCUCAUGCAGCUGUAACAAAUUUGUACAGAAUGAAAUAUCAGAAAUGGCAGAAUGGUAAGAUUGGAAUUUCAGUUGCUGCAUUGUGGUUUGAGCCAUAUGAUGCAUGCGAUGAAAACAACAAGGCAAGGGAUAGAGCCCUUGAUUUCAUGUUAGGAUGGUUUAUGGAGCCAUUAACAUCUGGUACCUAUCCGGAAAGUAUGAGGAUUCGCACAGGAACUCGAUUGCCAAGUUUAAACAAAACUGAGCGAGGUUUGUUGAAACAGUCAUAUGAUUUCAUUGGACUGAACUAUUACACCUCCAGAUAUGCAAAGCAUAACCCUAACGCUAGCAGCUGGAGCUAUAUUACAGAUUCUGAGGUUGAUAUUUUAGAAGAAAGACACAAUAAGCCUAUUGGUGAAGUAGCUGUGGAAGGAAGCUGGCUUCGUAUCUACCCCAAAGGACUAAGAGAAUUACUGAAAUACAUCAAGACAAAAUAUAAUGAUCCCAUUAUCUACAUUACUGAAAACGGGCUUAAUGAAGCAAGAAUCGAUGACAAAAAUAUACUUGAAGCAAUCAAAGAUGACGCAAGAAAAGACUACAUCCAUGACCAUCUUUGUUGCAUAUAUCAAGCAAUUGAGAAGUAUCGUAUUAAUGUCACAGGAUACUUCGUGUGGUCAUUGGUGGACAACUUUGAAUGGGCUUAUGGCUUUUCAAUUCGCUUUGGUAUCAAUUAUGUGGAUUUUAAUGACAAAUUUCUCACAAGAUACCCUAAACACUCCGCUGUAUGGUACGUAUGGGCGUAUGAGCGGAUCGAGAGGAUCGCGCCUCAAAGAAAAGGAGUAGAUUAUUUGCUUGAUGAGACCGCUCCAUUAGCUCAGCGCACUCCACCGUUUAGAGAUCAAUUAACAAGUCUGCGUGUUGAAGAUGGUGAAGUAUUGAACAACAUUCGCGUGAGUACCGAGAGGUUUAGAGAAAAACGAGAAGAUGAUAAUCUCCUAGACGAAGAACUUGACAAGCAUUUGGACGAUAUCAUCAAUCAAACACAUGCUGCUUUAACCUUGGGCGCAAAUGAUGAGAUGGAGGUGGAUGAUACCCAAAUCCUGGUUGAUGAAGAUCCAUUUUUUCCCUCACAACCUCCGCCGGGUAAAAAAGCGAAACCGUGGUCAAGAGAUAAGAUUGGAGGAGGAAGAAAGAGAAAGGUCACAAUCCCCCCUCGGACAUCGCAACAACAAACUGAGGGUCAACAAAAUGAGGAUCAAGCACAUUCCUCUCGAGGCUCGCGCAUCCAGGUCGAGACUCAUUUUGAAGAAGCUGGUGGACCCGAGACUCAGUUUGACAUUGGUGGACCCGAGACUCAGUUUGACAUUGGUGGACCUGAGACUCAGUUUGGUGGACAAUCGCAACCACAACCGGAGUCAAAUUUAUCACCAUGGGGAGUCCCAAUCUCAACCCCAAAUCGAGGCUCGGUUUGGUGGACAGUCGCAACCACACCAAAGUUCAAUACUCACAUAUCUUAA